AUGAGUCGAGUCUGUAUUGUUGUUUUGGAGGAGGUGGAAGAUGAUUCUCCCACAUUUAUUUCCAAAUUACCUCAGGAAAAUGUAUCUUUACGUCCAUCGCCCUCUGGAAACGUGCUGGUAAGGCAUCCACCAUUGGUUCAAGCUAUAUUUAAUGGAGAUCCUGAUGAAGUUCGAGCACUGAUAUUCAAGAAAGAAGAUGUUAAUUUUCAGGAUAAUGAGAAAAGGACCCCUUUACAUGCUGCUGCCUAUCUGGGAGAUGCAGAAAUUAUUGAACUACUUAUUUUAUCUGGAGCUAGAGUUAAUGCCAAAGACAGCAAAUGGUUGACUCCUUUACACAGAGCUGUGGCAUCUUGUAGUGAGGAUGCUGUUCAGGUGUUGUUAAAGCAUUCAGCGGAUGUCAAUGCUCGUGAUAAAAACUGGCAGACACCCCUACAUAUAGCAGCUGCAAACAAAGCUGUGAAAUGCGCUGAAGCUUUGGUACCUCUCCUAAGCAACGUAAAUGUGUCUGAUCGAGCAGGCAGAACUGCAUUGCAUCAUGCGGCCUUCAGUGGACAUGUUGAGAUGGUCAGCUUGCUGUUGUCUAGAGGGGCCAAUAUUAAUGCAUUUGACAAGAAAGACAGACGAGCUAUACAUUGGGCAGCAUAUACGGGUCAUAUUGAAGUUGUGAAAUUACUCGUGGCCCAUGGAGCUGAAGUGACGUGCAAAGAUAAGAAAUCAUAUACACCCUUACAUGCUGCAGCCUCUAGUGGGAUGAUCAGUGUAGUCAAAUAUCUUCUAGAUCUUGGAGUUGAUAUGAACGAACCAAAUGCCUAUGGAAAUACUCCUCUCCAUGUAGCUUGCUAUAACGGGCAAGAUGUUGUAGUGAAUGAACUCAUAGACUGCGGUGCUAAUGUAAAUCAAAUGAAUGAGAAGGGUUUUACACCUUUGCACUUUGCUGCUGCUUCAACACAUGGAGCAUUGUGUUUAGAGCUUUUGGUCUGUAAUGGAGCAGAUGUAAAUAUGAAG